AUGCAGUUCGCCGAUGCUCUCUUACGUCUCUUGUGGACUUACAGGUCCAUCACGGCUCUCGCCGUGGUCUCGGUCUUCCUUCUCGUCUUUACAUACGCUCGAAGCCCGAGACGGCGUCUUCCGCCAGGCCUGAGAGGGCUGCCCCUCCUCGGAAACGCCCUCGACGUCCUCAAAGAUCCGUGGCUGACUUUUGGCGGCUGGAUGAAGACGUAUGGCACCAUCAUGCACUUCACCGCUGCCGGAAGCGAUGUAGUCGUCCUCAACGACCUCAAGACCUCGUUCGACAUCUUGGAUCGUCGCGCUGCCGUCACAGCAGACCGGCCCGGUAACGUCAUCAUAGACAUGAUGACGGGGUCCUGCUUCGUGCCUUUCCAGAGCCAGAACGCAAUGUGGCUGCGCAUGCGCAAGGCCUCCCACACAGCGCUCCGCAGCAUCUCCUUCCCAGACAUCCGCCUCGUCCAGCAAAAGGAGGCUACACUCCUGGCGGCGGACAUGCUCAAGGACCCGCAGGACUGGCUGUCGCACCUGCACCGCGCGGUAUCCUCGGCGAACAUGAAUCUGGUAUACGGCACGCCUUCCCUCGCGUCGGCCAGCGAUUUGAAGCUGGUUUGGCUUGAGGACUUUGUCGCGCGGUUGACCAAGGCUGCGCUGCCUGGUGCGCAUUUGAGUCAGGUCUUCCCUUGGUUGAGACAUGUACCAUCUAAAUUCGCGCCUUGGAAGAGGCGGGUGGAGGAUUCGUUUGCGGCGGACUCUGCUAUCUUUGGAAGUUGGUUCGAGGAGGCCAGACUUAGAGGUGUCAAUGGCGGCAACUGUCUCGUCAAAAGCUUCAUCAAGGACCAGAGCCGGUGCAACUUAUCCGACACGGAAAUCAACUGGCUCGCGGCGAGCGUCAUUGCCGGGGCAAAGUCGAUCACGGGCGUGCUCGAGUGGUGGAUGUUGGCUAUGGUCGUCUACCCCGAGGUGCAGCAGCUCGCCCAGGAGGAGCUGGAUCGCGUCGUGGGACGCGAGGCGAUGCCGAACUUUGCCGAUCACUACGGAAAGCUACCUUACAUUCAAGCCAUGGUCAAGGAGUCACUUCGGUGGCGACCAGUCGAUCCAAUAGGUCUUCCACAUCAGAGCUCCGAGGACAUAUGGUAUGAAGGCUGCUUUAUACCAAAAGGCUCGUUGCUCAUCCCCAACGUCUGGGCCAUGAACCGCGAUCCGCACACGUACGGCCCGGACGCCCAUCACUUCAACCCAGCUCGGUUCCUCGAUCCCAAGACUGGGCAGCUCAAGCCGCUGGCAGCGGAGACGAAAGAACAGGGCCACGUCACGUUUGGGUUUGGCCGCCGGUUGUGCGUCGGGCGCCAGAUUGCGAAUGAGGAUCUCUUCAUCACUAUCGCGACGGUGCUUUGGGCGAUGAAGAUUGAGCCGAAGGUGGGAUACGAUGGGUUGAAUGUCCCUAUAGAUGUUGAUGGAUGUGUCGAUGACGGUGUCGUUGUACGCCCGGUUCCGUUUGAGUGUACCACCAAAUCUCGGUUUCCUGAGGCAUUUAAGACCCUGCAGGCUGCCGAGAACUAUAGUGUAAGUUGA